UUUCCCCUACAGCCUGGCCAGCUCCGCCUUCCUCAAUGAGCUCCCGGACCUCUCCAUGGACAUGGUGGAUGGCAACGGCCCCCCGGACCAAGCGGUGGUGGCACAGCCAGGGGACAGCACGGACAACCGCUUGAGCACCAAUGUCCCCCGCUUGACUGUCGAGGUCCUUGAUGAGCUUCCCCACCUCUCCGAGGCAGAGGGCGGCUGCAAGGAGCAGGCGGCGACAGUGGAGAUGGUGGCUGGCGAGAACACCUUCCCCGAUGUCCCCCACGGCCUCGCCAGCACCGCCUCCGUCGGCGAAGUCCCCGACUUCUUGGAGGAUGGGGUGCAGGACAACGGCCCCAAGGUCGGCCUGGCAGCGGCCAUGCUGGGGGACGCCGACCCCUUCUGGGGGGUGGCGGCCUCCCCCUCGCAGGACCCCAAGGGGCAGCAGGGUGGGGUGGCAGCAGACCUCCCCACCCGGCUGCCCCCGCGCCCCUCGGAGGCUGCUGAGGAGGAGAGCUCCCUGGAGACUUCCGAGGAGACUUCAGAGGCCCGUCCUGCGGAGAGUCCCUGGAAGGAUCCCCCGCAGGGUCUUCUGGAGAGUGCCCUGCUGAGCCCCCUGCGCAUCCCGCUGCUGAGCCCCCCGGCCAGCCCCCCGGCUGCCCCCCAGUGUCAUCCCGCCCCUCAGGGCCCCACUGGUGGGGGAGGCGCUGCGGAGGCAGCCCCGGGGGGGUUGGACCCACUUGCCGCACAGGGACAGCGCAGCGGUGGGCAGGCAGCAAGCGCAGAGCAUCCCACGGCAGCAGCGUGCCCACCAAGCGAGCCAGAGCCCUGA